UUGAUAUGAUCACGUGACUGUCUACGCUGAUAUCGUCUCACAGUGGCAGAUUGUAAAUACGUGUUUAGUUAUGGAUGACUUUAAAUUAUUUUGCAGACUUUGGAUGGUGAUUCUAACUCUGUGUAUUCAGAAUCAGAUAAACCUAGUCACAGCUUUAAAUUUGUGCUCAUAUGGUACGAGAAUAGUUAUGAUAGACCAGAAGAAACACAUUUGUUGUGGUGGAGUAUAUAACAGAAAGGAUCAGCAUGGUCUCCAACAAGAAUGUUGCGGAAUAAAAGAUGGAAACGGCAGUGUAGUAAAAUUACAACUAUAUGCUCAACAGAAACAGAUUUGUUGUGAUGGGGAACUACAUGACUUACCAAAACACUACAGACGUCAUAGUCGAGAUCCUAAAUGUUGUGGGGUAGAUGUUAUUUUUAAUCCAGAAUCCAGCUUCUGUUGCAAUAACCAAAUUUAUCAAAGGUCGGAGCAAUUUGCUUAUUGUGAUGACAGGUAUGGCUUGGAAGUUGCUGUUGGACGUGACCAGGUAGCCUGUAAACUCUGGACACCAAACGGAACUUUACACAGAGUAUAUCAAUGGCAGCCAGGAUAUGAAUGUUGUGGUCUUAAUCUAUCUAACACAAACAGUCACUUUUGCUUAAGAGGUAAAAUCUGGCCAAAUGGAGCAGUUGUUUCUAAAUGUGGGAUGGAGAUAUAUGAUGAGAAUAAAUAUAUCUGUUGUGAAGAUACUUCCAAGCUGAUACCAAAACCUGGUCCAGAUAAAUUCAAAGCAAAAUAUUGGGGUAUCGAAACAGACUUAGCAUGUUUGAACGGCAAGGUUGUAAACAGGGACCUAGAACAGAUUGUUGAGAAUAACAAUAAGAAACAUGUGAUACCAAACAACUUUCUACCUUGUGGUGAUGAUUACUUUGACCCGUACAACAAGAGAACGCAGGUAGACUGUUGUAAUGGUGUUGUCAACCACGCAAGACCGGGAAUGAAUAUCACAUGCUGUGGCACUGAGUUCAUUGAUACAGACUUGUACCGGUGUUGCAACAAUGUAAAGAUUGGUGCAUCAAAGUUGUGUUGUGGAAAUCGAAUCUAUGAAGGAACUAGUGGCCUUGUUUGUUGUGGGACCAAGUUGAUAAACAGCUCUUACCUCUGCUGUGAACCAAAAUCAAGCAUAAGAAUCCCAGUCAAAAAGAAGCCGGGACACAACAGGUGUUGUGGGAAGCAGACUUUUUAUUAUGACCCGAAUGGAAAAGAUGAAUGCUGUGGAGGAAAGAUUAUUAAAUUGGAACACAAUCAGGUCUGUGAAAAUGAUAUUGUUACAUUUAGUCCUGAAGACUCAGAAGAGGUGACAAAGCAGAUAAAUAAAAGCCUUGAGAAAUCUGGUGGUUGCGGGUUUGAGUAGAUUUAUUUUCUGUUUAAAUGCCAGUCUAUAAAUAUACAUGAAUGAGAAACAAAUACAACUGUGCCUCGUAUCUAAGAUGAACUCUGCCUGAACUAGCUUGUGAUGUAACCAUGGGCUGGAAAAGCUUAUCAUUGAUAUCUUAUAUAAUCUAAAUGGUCAGUUUGAAUGGAUACAGGUUGAAUCAGAACUGCUUGAUCAUUGAUAAUUCAUAUGCAUUGUUCAUGAAUGGGACUAUUUUGUGUAGCACAUGAACACCCUUUGAAUGUAAUUUGGAAUAAAAUAAAGAUGCUAUGUGAUUGUAAGAAAUACACUUGUAACUUUGGUAGCGGGGUAAACCCGCAACCAAAAACUUGCCAUCAGUUAAGCUACCAAGUCAAAAUUUGCCAAAAAGAAUCAAGAACAGUGCUUGCCCUUCCUGUAUCACAUAUUUGGAACCACCAAAGCAGUGUGUUAAAAAGUUUGGUACGUUUUUUUGUUUUUUUGUUGUUGUUUUUUUUUUUAUAAUAAUGAUAACUUUAAAGCAAAUGUUUCUGUACAACAAAAGGUUUUUCCAGUUACUGUAAAAUCAUUUAAUUUCGUGGGCAUGAAAUUUUGUGGUUUUGGUCAAAACUACUAUUGCGUGGGGAUAUUAAUUUGUGGAUUUUAACAUUUAAACAUAAAAUGAAUGGGCAUUUUACUUGUUCGUUGGGAUUAAAUUUCGAGGAUUGAUCUAACCACAGAAUCCACGAAAAGUAGUCAACACGAAUAUUAAUGAUUUCACAGUAAUUAUUUAAUUGAGGUCAUUGUAAGUAAAUGAUAAAACGUUCAAGUGAGCUCCCCCAAACAAAGACAGUACUUGUGUUUUACAAGAAGGGAUACUCUUGAUUGGUGGAGUGAGGUUUUAACACACGACACUGAUGUCGGAAACACUAAAUGCUUAAAAUCCAUUGGUUUAAGGUUCAGACUGUGGUCUGUGAACUGCUCAUUAAUUACAAAUUUCACUAGGCCCAGAAUAUAUAAGUUCUUGCAAAUCAUUUGAUACAAUAGGCCCCAAAUACAAUAAUUCCUGGUAAACCAUUUUAUACCUCAGGCCCAAAAUACAACAGACUCUGGUAAUCCAUUCCAUAGACCUACAUGCCGUGAAUAUAACAUUAAGUCCUGUGUU